GGAGCUUUGGGUCAUGACGUGUUGGGUCUCUUUGCGGGAUGAACUUAACAGUUUGUGGCUAUAAGUAGGCGAGGGGGCGCCCAGACUGGGGGUCUGCUGUGUGCCCCGUGGCCCUGGGAGGCUGGCAUCGGCGGGGUCGGCGCCUGGCAGCUUCGCCUGGUCCCCUUGGCAUCUCGGGCUCACGCCGCUCCGCGCCGGUCGCUGUCCACGGGGGGAGGUGCUGAAAGGCAGAAGGACGCCGGCGCGCUGCGGGCAUCCUCUUGUCCUUGGCUGCCGCCGCCUCCCCGCGAGCGGCGCUGAUUUUCCUCCCCCCGCUGCUUGGCUGCCUCUGCCGCUUCUGCAGCCAUUUUGCAACCAGCAGAGCCGGAGGCAGGGGCAGGCUGCCGGCGGAGCCGAGCGAUGGGCUAGCAGCAGCUGUUGCGGGCAGGCGAGCCGGCACCAUGGUGAAGAGGAAGAGCUCGGAAGGCCAUGACCAGGAGAGCGGCCGAGGGGUCCCGCUGCCCAUCCAGACCUUCCUAUGGAGGCAAACCAGUGCAUUUUUGAGGCCCAAACUGGGAAAACAAUAUGAAGCUUCAUGUGUGUCCUUUGAAAGAGUUUUGGUUGAGAAUAAGUUGCACGGUCUUUCACCGGCCCUUUCUGAAGCCAUCCAGAGCAUUUCUCGCUGGGAACUGGUCCAAGCUGCCUUACCACAUGUUCUUCACUGCACGGCGACACUGCUUUCCAAUCGGAACAAGUUAGGACAUCAGGAUAAACUUGGUGUUGCAGAAACGAAGCUGCUUCAUACUCUGCACUGGAUGUUGCUAGAAGCUCCUCAAGACUGCAGCAAUGACCGCUUUGGAGGAGGAGGAGGAGGAGGAGGAGGAGGAGGAGGAGGAGGAGACAGGGCAUCGAGCUGGAGAGGGAGCAGCAGCGCUUUCAUCCACCAGAUUGAAAACCAGGGAUCUCCAGGGCAUCCAAGGCGUGACAGCACCAAUGAAGAGGAGGAGAACAACAGGAGGAAGUUCUUUCAGAAUUCAAUGGCCACAGUGGAGCUCUUUGUAUUCUUGUUUGCUCCGCUAGUUCAUAGGAUCAAAGAAUCUGAUCUGACUUUUCGUCUGGCCAGUGGCCUUGUUAUUUGGCAGCCGAUGUGGGAGCACAGGCAACCUGAAGUUUCCGCCUUUACUGCACUGGUUAAACCCAUCAGGAAUAUAAUCACAGCAAAGAGGAGUUCUCCAAUGAAAAACCAGACUCUGACAUGUGAAUCUCCUAAUGUGGAUGCUGGACGUACAGAGGGGCUCCAGGUAGUGUGUGAAACACCCCAGGCAGAUGCAGUGCCCCCCAGGCCUGCUUUCUCAGGCUGCCACCGUGGGAAUUCUAUUGAUGGAAGUGUGUCAUCCCAAGCCUCCCAGGAGAAAGGACCCCCCUAUCCUAGGGUGUCUUUGGUCAUCCCACCAUGCCAAAAGUCUCGGUAUGCUACCUAUUUUGACGUGGCUGUAUUACGCUGCCUACUUCAGCCACACUGGUCCGAGGAAGGCACUCAGUGGUCCCUGAUGUAUUACCUCCAGAGGCUGCGGCAUAUGCUGGAGGAAAGGCCUGAGAAAUCUCCUGAGCCAGAGGUCCCACCGUUGCCCAGGCCUCGUAGCAGUUCCAUGGUUGCAGCAGCUCCAUCACUGGUGAACACUCACAAAACACAGGAUCUCACAAUGAAAUGCAAUGAGGAGGAAAAAUCGUUAAGCACUGAAGCUUUUGCUAAAGUGUCGCUAACCAACCUGCGCAGGCCAGCUGUUCCAGACCUCUCCUCUGAUUUGGGAAUGAAUAUUUUUAAGAAGUUCAAGAGCCGCAAAGAAGAUCGCGAGCGCAAGGGAUCCAUUCCUUACCACCACACAGGGAAAAAGCGGCAGCGAAGGAUGGGGGUGCCCUUCUUACUCCACGAAGACCAUUUGGACGUGUCACCUACUCGGAGCACCUUCUCUUUUGGCAGCUUCUCGGGGAUUGGAGAAGACAGGCGUGGCAUUGAGAGAGGAGGGUGGCAAACGACCAUCCUAGGAAGGUUUACCAGGCGAGGUAGUUCCGAUACAGCUACAGAGAUGGAGAGCUUGAGUGCUAGGCAUUCCCAUUCCCAUCAUACCCUGGUUACUGACCUGCCAGACCACUCCAACAGCCAUGUACGUUCCCAAAUUUCCACCAUCACAGUGGCAACAUUCAACACCACUCUGGCCUCUUUCAAUGUGGGGUAUGCAGACUUCUUCAGUGAGCACAUGCGCAAGCUCUGUAACCAGGUGCCCAUCCCAGAGAUGCCCCAUGAGCCCCUGGCUUGUGCCAAUCUCCCUCGGAGUUUGACGGAUUCCUGCAUCAACUAUAGCUGCCUGGAGGAUACAGACCACAUCGACGGGACCAGCAACUUUGUCCACAAGAACGGCAUGCUAGAUCUUUCGGUGGUUCUCAAGGCUGUUUUCCUGGUCCUGAAUCACGACAUCAGCUCCCGAAUCUGUGAUGUGGCCCUCAAUAUUGUGGAAUGCCUGCUUCAGCUUGGUGUGGUGCCCUGUGUGGAGAAGAUCAGAAGGAAAAGUGACAACAAAGAGAAUGAACCCAGUGAGAAGAGACAAAGCGAGACCUCCUUCCAACUCAAGGGGGCUCUGAGUAGUUCAACCUCUGGAUUUGGGGUUGCCCCAGCCAGCGCAGCUGGAGAUGGCGGUGGAGAAGGAGGAGGAGGAGAAAGUGGUGGAGGAGAUGGAGGAGGAGGUGACGGAGGAGGAGAAGGUGGAGGAAGACCUUAUGAAAAGAAUGAUAAAAAGGAAGACAAGGAGGAAAGCACUCCAGCAAGCACACACAGGUUGGCCCUGACAAUGCUGAUAAAAAUUGUGAAGUCUCUGGGCUGUGCAUAUGGCUGUGGAGAAGGUCACCGUGGGCUCUCUGGAGACCGGCUGAGACAUCAGGCUCAGAAUUGCCUCACAAAGUUGUACAAGCUGGAUAAGAUGCAGUUCCGGCAAACCAUGAGGGAUUAUGUAAACAAGGAUUCACUCAACAAUGUGGUGGAUUUUUUACAUGCCUUGCUAGGUUUCUGCAUGGAGCCAGUCACUGACAACAAGGCUGGUUUUGGAAAUAAUUUCACAACAGUGGACAACAAGUCUACUGCCCAAAGUGUGGAAGGUAUUAUUGUUAGUGCCAUGUUCAAAUCGCUUAUCACCCGCUGUGCCUCUACUACACAUGAGCUUCAUAGCCCCGAGAAUCUGGGAUUGUAUUGUGACAUCCGACAACUGGUUCAGUUUAUCAAGGAGGCUCAUGGGAAUGUCUUUAGAAGAGUAGCCCUUAGUGCCCUUUUGGAUAGUGCUGAGAAGUUGAUACCAGGAAGAAGAGCAGAGGAAACAGCUGAACAGGAGCCCAAACCAUCAGGCAGUAAAAGAUCUGAAGUGGGAAGUGUUGUUGUUGACAAAGGACAACCGUCUUCAGCUCCCGAUGAAUGCCGCAGUUACAUCUCAAGCCGCCCAAUGCAGACUCCAGAGCAUGAUGAGCAGAUGCAAGGAGCAGCCCUAGGGCGCAAAGAUUUCUGGCGAAAGAUGUUCAAAUCUCAGAGUGCAGCGAGUGAUACUAGUAGCCAGUCGGAGCAGGAUACCUCGGAAUGCACAACUGCACACUCAGGGGCAACCACUGAGAGGCGAUCCCGCUCUCGCUCAAGGAGGAUCUCACUCCGAAAGAAACUCAAACUCCCCUUAGGGAAUUGGCUGAAACGCUCAUCCCUUUCUGGUCUGGCAGAUGGUGUGGAAGACCUUCUGGACAUCAGCUCUGUGGACCGGCUCUCUUUCAUCCGGCAGAGUUCCAAGGUGAAAUUCACUAGUGCCGUGAAGCUGUCUGAAGGAGGGCCAGGAAGUGGCUUGGAGAAUGGACGAGAUGAAGAGGAGAAUUUCUUCAAGCGUCUUGGUAAAUGGCGCACCUGCCGAAGACAUCCAUCCAAGCUUCAUCACACAGAAGAAAAAGAUGGUUGUCAGACCUAUGAUGACCACCUCGCUUCCAACCAAGAAGGAAGCAAAUCCAAGAACGUGGUGAACUUGGGUGCAAUAAGACAAGGCAUGAAGCGCUUUCAGUUUCUCUUAAACUGUUGUGAGCCAGGAACAAUCCCUGAUGCCUCUAUCCUGGCAGCUGCCCUCGAUCUUGAGGCACCAGUGGUAGCAAGAGCCGCCCUUUUCCUGGAAUGUGCUCGCUUCGUUCACCGCUGCAACCGUGGCAACUGGCCAGAGUGGAUGAAGGGACACCAUGUGAACAUCACUAAAAAGGGUCUUUCCCGUGGGCGCUCCCCAAUAGUGGGGAACAAACGUAACCAGAAGUUACAGUGGAACGCGGCCAAGCUCUUCUAUCAAUGGGGAGAUGCAAUUGGCAUCCGUCUCAACGAACUCUGCCAUAGUGAGAGUGAGAGCCCAGCCAAUCUGCUGGGCCUCAUUUAUGAUGAGGAGACCAAGCGAAGACUGAGAAAGGAGGAUGAGGAAGAAGACUUUUUAGAUGACAGUAAGGAGACUCCCUUUACUACAAGAACCCCCGCUUGUACUGUGAACCCCACCAAAUGUUGCUGUCCUUUUGCACUGAAGAUGGCAGCAUGUCAGCUCCUCCUGGAGAUCACCACAUUCCUUCGAGAGACCUUUCCCUACAUGCCCAGGCCGCGGACGGAGCCCCUUGUGGACCUGGAGAGUUGCAGGUUGCGUUUGGACCCUGAGAUGGAUCGGCACAGGUAUGAGAGGAAGAUCAGCUUUGCUGGGGUUCUGGAUGAAAAUGAAGAUUCAAAAGAUUCCUUGCACAGCAGCAGUCAUACCCUGAAAUCUGACACAGGUUGUGAAGAGAAGAAAGUUCCCAGCAGGAAGAUCAGGAUAGGAGGCUCCCGCUUGCUCCAGAUUAAAGGAACCCGCAGUUUCCGGGUGAAGAAAGGGGGUUCCCUGUCCAGCAUUCGCCGGGCCGGCAGCCUAAAGAGCACCAAGUUAUCACGUCAGGACUCAGAGUCUGAGAAUGAGGAGCUGCAGCUGUCCCACAGCAGGGACACUGUCACUGACAUAGAAGGAAGCCCUUGGAGUGCAAGUGAACCCAGUAUAGAACCUGAAGUAUUAAGCAGCACAGGCACCGAAGAGAACUAUCACCGGAAUAUGUCUUGGCUGCAUGUGAUGAUACUGCUAUGCAACCAGCAGAGUUUCAUUUGCACCCACAUUGACUACUGCCACCCUCACUGUUACCUCCAUCAUAGUCGCUCUUGUGCACGCCUUGUCCGAGCCAUCAAACUUCUGUAUGGAGACACUGUGGAUUCACUCAAAGAGAAUAACUUGCUAAACAAUGUGGCUAGGAGCAAAAAACAGAAAGAGUGUUCAGACAAGUCAUGCCUGAGAACACCCUCCUUGAAGAAGAGAGUGACAGAUUCCAACCUUGAAGGAAAGAAGGAUUCUGGAAUGCUGAAAUACAUCAGGCAUCAGGUGAUGAGUUUGUCUCCAGCACCUUUGUCAUUGUUAAUUAAGGCAGCGCCCAUCCUCACAGAAGAGAUGUAUGGGGACAUCCAGCCUGCAGCAUGGGAACUGCUGCUCAGUAUGGAUGAGCACAUGGCUGGGGCAGCAGCUGCCAUGUUCCUUCUAUGUGCUGUGAAAGUGCCAGAGGCAGUGUCGGAUAUGCUGAUGUCUGAAUUUCAUCACCCUGAGGCAGUGCAAAGGUUGAAUGCCAUUCUUAAAUUCCACACCCUCUGGAGAUUUAGGUAUCAGGUGUGGCCUCGGAUGGAGGAAGGAGCUCAGCAAAUCUUUAAGAUUCCUCCACCUAGCAUUAACUUCACACUCCCAUCCCCAGUUCUGGGAAUGCCAUCCGUCCCCAUGUUCGACCCUCCAUGGGUUCCACAGUGUAGUGGGAGUGUCCAGGACCCAAUUAAUGAAGAUCAAUCCAAGUCAUUUUCAGCCCGGGCAGUGUCACGUUCUCAUCAGCGAGCAGAACAUAUUCUCAAGAAUCUGCAGCAGGAAGAAGAGAAAAAACGUCUGGGCCGAGAAGCUAGUCUGAUCACUGCUAUCCCCAUCACCCAGGAAGCUUGCUAUGAGCCCAGCUGUUCCCCAAGCGUGGAGCAGGAAGAGGAAGUAGAAGAAGUUGCCAACCUGGUGUCCCGCCGUCUCUCUGUAAGCCCAUCCUGCACCUCCAGCACAUCUCACAGGAACUACUCCUUCCGCCGUGGCUCAGUUUGGUCAGUGCGUUCAGCAGUCAGUGCUGAAGAUGAGGAACACACGACGGAGCACACACCAAAUCACCAUGUGCCCCAACCCCCACAGGCAGUCUUCCCAGCAUGUAUUUGUGCAGCUGUGCUCCCUAUUGUCCACUUAAUGGAAGACGGAGAAGUCCGGGAGGACGGAGUAGCAGUGAGUGCUGUGGCUCAGCAAGUCCUGUGGAACUGUCUCAUUGAAGAUCCUUCUACAGUUCUUCGACACUUUCUGGAGAAACUUACGAUCAGCAAUCGACAGGAUGAGUUGAUGUAUAUGCUGAGGAAACUUCUGCUCAACAUUGGAGACUUCCCUGCCCAGACAUCCCAUAUUCUAUUUAAUUACUUGGUGGGACUGAUCAUGUAUUUUGUGCGCACGCCAUGUGAAUGGGGGAUGGAUGCUAUUUCAGCGACUCUGACUUUCCUGUGGGAAGUUGUAGGAUAUGUAGAAGGACUAUUCUUCAAGGAUCUCAAACAGACUAUGAAGAAGGAACAAUGCGAAGUGAAGCUUCUGGUUACUGCCUCAAUGCCUGGCACCAAGACCCUUGUAGUUCAUGGGCAAAAUGAAUGUGAUAUCCCAACUCAGUUACCAGUCCAUGAAGACACUCAGUUUGAAGCGCUGUUAAAGGAGUGUUUGGAAUUUUUUAACAUAUCUGAGUCCCAAUCUUCCAACUAUUUCUUAAUGGAUAAACGAUGGAAUCUUAUUCAUUAUAAUAAGACCUAUGUCCGUGAUAUUUAUCCAUUUCGAAGAUCAGUAUCUCCCCAGUUGAAUUUGGUCCACAUGAACCCAGAAAGGGGCCAAGAACUCAUUCAGAAACAGGUGUUCACACGCAAGCUUGAAGAAGUGGGUCGGGUUCUGUUCCUCAUUUCUCUGACCCAGAAGAUCCCCGUUGCUCACAAACAGUCUCAUGUGUCUCUGUUGCAAGAAGACCUUCUCCGCUUGCCCUCUUUCCCUCGCAGCGCCAUUGAUGCUGAGUUCUCACUCUUCAGUGAUCCACAAGCUGGAAAGGAGCUAUUUGGCCUUGACACCCUUCAGAAAAGCCUCUGGAUUAAACUGCUAGAGGAGAUGUUUCUCGGGAUGCCUAGUGAAUUUCCCUGGGGGGAUGAAAUUAUGCUCUUCCUCAACGUAUUCAAUGGAGCCCUGAUCCUGCACCCUGAGGACAGUGCCCUGUUGAGGCAAUAUGCUGCCACUGUCAUCAACACAGCCGUACAUUUCAACCACCUCUUCUCUCUCAGUGGGUACCAGUGGAUUCUCCCCACUAUGCUCCAGGUAUAUGCUGACUACGAAAGCAACCCACAGCUCCGUCAAGCAAUUGAGUUUGCCUGCCGUCAAUUUUACAUUCUACAUCGUAAGCCCUUUGUACUACAAUUGUUUGCCAGUGUGGCUCCUCUCUUGGAGUUUCCUGAUGCAACAAACAAUGCACCCAGCAAAGGCGUAUCGGCUCAGUGCCUGUUUGAUCUGCUGCAGUCCUUAGAAGGGGACACUCCUGACAACCUGGACAUUCUGGAACUAGUGAAAGCAGAAAAGCCUCUAAAAUCAUUAGAUUUCUGCUACGGCAACGAGGACCUGACUUUUUCCAUCAGCGAGGCCAUAAAGUUAUGUGUAACAGUUGUUGCAUAUGCCCCUGAGUCAUUCAGAAGUCUUCAGAUGCUGAUGGUCCUUGAAGCCCUGGUUCCCUGUUACCUGCAGAGGCUUAAGAGGCAAACUUCCCAAGUGGAGACAGUGACAGCGGCUCGAGAGGAGAUUGCUGCUACAGCUGCUCUUGCUACAUCCUUACAAGCCCUCUUGUACAGUGUAGAAGUUCUUACCAGGCCAAUGACUGCCCCUCAGAUGAGUCGCUGUGAUCAAGGCCAUAAAGGAACCACUACUGCUAACCAUACUAUGUCGUCUGGAACAAAUACUAGAUACCCAGAUCAAGGAGCCAAACUGCACUUUAUCAGGGAAAACCUUCACUUGUUGGAGGAAGGCCAAGGCAUUCAGCGCGAGGAGCUAGAUGAACGCAUUGCUAGGGAGGAGUUCAGGAGACCCCGUGAGUCCCUGUUGAAUAUCUGUACUGAGUUCUAUAAACACUGUGGCCCCAGACUGAAGAUUUUGCAGAACCUAGCUGGAGAGCCCAGAGUGACUUCCUUAGAGCUGCUGGAUGUUAAGUCUCAUAUGAGGUUGGCAGAAAUUGCACAUUCCCUUCUGAAGCUGGCACCUUACGACACCCAGACGAUGGAGAGCCGUGGGCUCCGGCGAUACAUCAUGGAGAUGCUGCCCAUCACUGACUGGACGGCCGAGGCAGUGAGGCCUGCCUUAAUCCUCAUCUUAAAGCGAUUGGAUCGUAUGUUCAAUAAAAUUCACAAGAUGCCUACUUUGAGGCGACAGGUUGAGUGGGAGCCUGCCAGCAGUUUGAUUGAAGGGGUUUGUUUGACACUGCAGAGGCAGCCAAUCAUAUCCUUCCUGCCUCACCUUAGGUCACUGAUCAAUGUCUGUGUCAAUCUGGUGAUGGGAGUAGUAGGACCUUCCAGUGUGGCCGAUGGAUUGCCCCUUCUUCAUCUCAGCCCUUAUCUCUCGCCACCUCUACCCUUCAGCACAGCUGUUGUCCGGCUUGUAGCAUUGCAGAUUCAGGCUCUGAAAGAAGAUUUUCCCCUAAGCCACGUGAUCUCCCCAUUCACCAAUCAGGAGAGAAGGGAAGGAAUGCUUUUAAAUCUACUGAUUCCAUUUGUGCUCACAGUAGGAUCAGGAAGCAAAGACAGCCCUUGGCUGGAGCAGCCAGAGGUCCUCCUCCUGCUCCAGACAGUCAUUCAUAUUUUGCUGCCACCUCGCAUCAUCAGCACUUCCCGGAGUAAGAACUUUAUGCUGGAGAGCUCUCCUGCCCACUGCUCCACCCCUGGGGACGCAGGGAAGGACUUGCGCAAGGAAGGGCUAGCCGAAUCCACUAGCCAGGCAGCCUACCUGGCUUUGAAGGUGAUCCUUGUCUGUUUCGAGCGUCAGCUUGGCAGCCAAUGGUAUUGGCUAAGCCUGCAGGUCAAAGAGAUGGCUUUGCGAAAAGUAGGAGGGCUUGCUCUGUGGGAUUUCAUAGAUUUUAUUGUUCGCACCCGAAUUCCUAUCUUUGUGCUUCUUCGACCCUUCAUUCAGUGCAAGUUGCUAGCCCAGCCAGCUGAGAAUCAUGAAGAAAUGACUGCUCGACAGCACAUUGCUGACCAGUUGGAGCGGCGCUUCAUCCCACGCCCUCUCUGCAAGAGCUCUCUCAUUGCGGAAUUCAACAAUGAGCUAAAGAUCCUCAAGGAGGCUGUGCAUAGUGGGUCAGCCUACCAAGGUAAGACUUCCAUCAGCACUGCAGGCACCUCUACCUCUGCAUACCGACUGAGUCUCGCCACGAUGUCGCGCUCCAACACUGGCACUGGAACUGUCUGGGAACAGGAUAGUGAGCCUUCCCAACAAGCUUCCCAGGAUACUUUAAGCCGGACAGAUGAGGAAGAUGAAGAAAAUGAUUCCGUGAGCAUGCCCAGUGUGGUAAGUGAACAAGAAGCAUACCUCAUGGGUGCCAUUGGGAGGAGGAGAUUCUCCAGCCAUCUCUCCAGCAUGUCUGCACCUCAGGCUGAGGUGGGCAUGCUACCCAGCCAAAGUGAACCUAAUGUCCUCGAUGACUCCCAAGGCCUGGCAGCUGAGGGCAGCCUCUCUAGGGUAGCAAGCGUGCAGAGUGAACCUGGACACCACAAUCUUCUUCUACAGCAACCAUUAGGGAGAAAAAGAGGCUUGAGGCAGCUAAGAAGGCCUCUUUUAUCACGUCAGAAAACACAGACGGAACCUCGCAGCCGUCAUGGUGCACGUCUUUCUACCACACGUAGAAGCAUACAGCCCAAAGCAAAACCAACUGUUGAUCAAAAACGAUCUGUAACCUUCACUGAAGCUAAAUCCGAGGCAUUGACAUCAAAGCCGGAUCCAGCACCAAUUGCAGCCCAGCAGCAAAGCAGCAAAAAGAGCAGCCCUUCAGACGGGAGCAAGCAGGAAGCUGCAAACAGAUCCACUCUGCCUCCCUCACCUGCUGUUACUGUGGCAGAUCUCCAUAGUCAAGUCUCCUCCAGUCAGAAUGUGACGGCUUCUUCUGAGGAUAAAAAAAAGGACGAGAAUGUGGAGCAAAAGCCAGCACCAGCUCACAGUACCCCUCCACCCACAGAACUUUCUGACACUGAUGAUUUUGCAGGCCUUGAAACCACCAGCUUACUGCAGCAUGAAGACACUGUCCUUCACAUUAGUGAAGACAAUGGGACAGAGAACCCCCUACUUUCCAGCCAGUUCAGCUACACGCAGGUUGAGGUGGGACAGACUGAUAUUGACCUGGAUGAGUCUCAUGUUUGACUUGAGAAGCAGCAGGUAGUACACCAGAGGAAUGAGAGAUCUUCCUCUGGUCUUCCUAUUCUUCUAGAGGUAUGUAAAGGAGCACUUUAUGAACAUGUGGAACACAUCUAGUAUCCUAUUGGUAAAAUUGGGCCAAUAUAUCUUAGAAAAUAAGCUGCAGCUUUGGACAGAUCUAGGUGGACUCAGGGCACACCAUAAAAUAGAGCAAGAGAUUAUCACUGGAACCUUCCUAGGCACAGAACUGAUUCACAACGUCUUUUGCACUCUUUAGCUUCUAUAAGUUACAUAACAAAUGCCAGGCAGAAAUAGAGAACUAUAUUUUUGGAGGUUCUCCACCUUAAUAUAGUAAUCUAAAUCUAAAGUUUAUUUUUGUAAUUUCAGAAGAGAUACACACACACACACACACACACACACACAGUAUACUCAUCAGAGACAUAAUUACUAGCGAUAGAACUGCAGAAUGCUUUAUGAUGGUAUUAUUAAUACCGGUUAACAUCAGAAUAUUAACCACCAAACAAAGUUCACAGGAAUAUUUUGGGUGAUCUCUGUUCCUUGUUUACACUUACACUAUCUGAAAUAUAAACUCUUUUCACUCUCUUGAAAACUAAAUGUGGACAAUACGGAAUGGAAAAAAUGAUACUGCUAUACAGAGUUGUGAAACACUGUAGGAAGUGUUCUGUAAAUUAUACUAAAUAUCCUGCUUUGAAUGUUUAAACAACCUGAAUAUAAAAACAGCAGGAAAGUGUAUGCAUCUUUCUGCUACACUUAUAGUUGCAUCUGUAUUUCCAUUGAUAUAAUCUACUUAAAAAACCAGGAGUUGAUAUGUAUGUAACAAGUAUUUUUGCACACUGGGAGUGUGAAGUGAAGAUUUAUUUUCACAUACACUUAUAUGAAUCUGCAGGUAUCUGUGAUUCUCAGUGUGAAAUGUAUUGAAUUAUACCUCUCUUUGAAGCUUAUUCAUCUAAAAUCAUGGAUGAUUUGCAAUCUAGACUCAAUGAAUGAAAGAAUGAAUGUAAGCAUUAAUUUUCAAGUAGGGGAAUAACAUUUUCUGAUGUCAUUAAGUUGAUGUAAAUUAAUUUGUUUACAGGUUUCUAACAUGGAUUUAUUGUGCCAGCCAUAUGUAUGGUUACCAAAAUACCUUUCCAGAAGGCUAAGCUUAAUUAUAUAUAUUUCAUAAAUAGCUGAGAAUGGUUUCUGAAACUAUGCAGGAAAAAAGCGCUGCAUCACUCCUGUCACUUUAAACCAAACCAAGCCUCUGUACCAAGCCUUUUUUCACAGAGAAUUUGUGUGUCACUUUUUACAUGUUAUUAAUUAAAGUGAUAAUUUGAUCUAUUCAUAGGGUGGCUUCCUCAUUGGAUUCAAUGAGAUUUGAAUGGGAAAGUUCAGGAAGCAGCACUCUGUUCCCCAGCUUGUACCCCUCCUAAUCAGGGAACACGUUUUUAAGAGCAUGAUCAUGGUCAACAGAGUUAUUUUAUUCUACAUGCAUUAUAAGAACUGUAAUGUAAAAACAAAUAACAAAGUGUAUGGACCUUUUAGCAAGCUGAGGCUGCAAUCCUACCCCAACUUAUUUGGGAGUAAGCAGCACUCAAUUCAAUAGGACUUAAUUCUGAAUAGAGAGAGCACUGCCCUGUGAAAUAGGUUCUACUACUUUUUCUUGUUGUGACAUCAGAGCAGUGGUACAGUCUGCCCUGCAGUAGAAGUACUGUAUGUUGGAUUUGCUUUUCCUUUGGAAAUCAUGGGUGGCUUUGCACAAGUGACUCCUGCUUAUGCGUUGGGACUCCUCAUUCCUCUCCUUCCCCAUGAAUCAAUCUGCUCUGGAUUUCUGGUGAACAAGUAUUUGCAGAGGGGAGAGGAGGAAAGGGAGGUCCCUCACACUUUGUUAGAUUCCAUCCCAUGUGUGGAAAACAUUUUCUGAACUACAAAUGAAAUAUUUUAAUUAAAAAAACAUUAAUUGAUAUUUCAAACCUAUAAUUUCUGGUCCACUGAGGAUUUCUUUAUGGUUAAAUUUAUUCAUUUAUUAGUGCACAUUAUGUGACUACAAUAUGGAGAUGACAAUGCAGACAACAAGUAUAUACCUGUAUUUUACAAAGAUUUUUAGGGAAAUGUUUUCAGUAAUGACAUACUAAUUUAGGUAAAGGGAGUAUUUAUCUGUAUGUGCAAUAAGUAUUUCACCUGAUCAUAGUUUUAAGAAUAGAAAAUACUGGGAUUCACUAUAUAAAAGCCAGUUCUCAUAAAACUUAGUAUCUUCAUCAUUACCACUUGUACGGUAUUGAAUACAUUUUAGCAAGCCAUAAUGAGAACUCGUAAAUAUCCCUAUUGUGAUGUUCUUGUUUUCAUUUCUGUCUUUUUUAAGUUGCAAUUUUAAAAUUACAUUAGUGACUUUAAAAUAACAUCAGUCUUGUGGUUCAGCAAGGCUGCUGCUUAAGCAGUUUAUUGAAAUCCUGAGCACGCCUGUUUUUCAAGUGUAUAUCUAUGUCCUAUUAGGCACACUGUACUGACUAAAGGUGCAUACAGAUGUGCUCUUAACAGACGUUGUGCUUUUUCCAGUAUAUUGAUAAGUGACAAGUAUAUUCUGCUGUGAAGAAAAACUAUGCUGCUUCCUUAGUGUUAGAGGCCUUAUGUAUACGUAGUGUUCAAAAAAUGAUCUGUGUUGUAAAAAAACAACUGUCUGUCAGUGUUCAGUAAAGUUUGGUUGUUUCAACUUUUUACAUUAACUUGCUGUCAUUGAUAUUGUUACGAAUCACAAAGUCCCCCUUUCUAAAAGACUGUCAUACCAAGUUAUGAGAUUACAGCCAUGAAGUUUACUGUAAAUUUCCUCUUCAACAUGUGCCUCCUCAUAGCUUUUCAAGCAGUGCCCAGUCCCAGUCCAGUUUUAUACAAAGGGAGCAUUACUGUAUUGGAAAUCUUCAGUGUGAUCAUUGUUUUACAAUUGUGUUUUCUAUAUGUGAUCGUAGCUGUGCUGAAUGUCAAAAAUACUUGUAUGUGUGUUUAUGUGUACAUCUAUAUGUAUAAGAAUGUCAAGGGAUGUAUUUUUAAGAAUGCUGCUGCAAGAUUUUAAAGAAAAGCUGUUGAGACUUGAAAUGGUUUUAAUUUCUAGAGAAUUUUGCCAAUAUAUUUUAGCAAAGGAAAAAUUGGCAUAAAAAAUCAGAAUUCCACUAGUGUUAUAAGAACAAGUAAGCUGUUUCCCUCCAAAUUUUUAAAACAGGGCGUUCCCUGUAAAUAUUCAUUAAAAUUGUUAAGCUUUAAUACAAUGUAUUUUGACACUUGCAUUGCCAAAGAGAUAUGUAAAAAUAUAAAGGGAAAGGAAAGUCGACUCCUUUUAAUAACACCAGAUUAUACUGUUAGUAUACUGUUAGUAAAUGAUCUCAGGGCAGUCAGGAGAAUGGUUAUUGACAAAUGUUACAUAUGGAAGUGAAGGAAGGGCUAUCUUGCCAUGUUAGAUAUUAAGGGAGAAUAUUUGAAAUCGAGAUACUUUUAUUAAAAUAUUUUAUACAAACCAUGAAGCCAACCAUGAAAUUAGGAAUUCAUACCCAGUUAAAAUGAAUUUUUAAUGUUAACCAGAAAAAUGAAGCCCACUGAGAAGAUAGAAUCAUUUUAAACUAUGGGAUGUAAGGAUACAGAGCUGAAAUGUUCUAGAUCUGCAAUGUGUGCCAAAUGACCAAAGAUGAAGCAUAAAGAUGUCUGAAUUAUGUUUAUGAAAGAUUACAGUAGUCUAAUGUUUGAAUAUGAAUAAAUAAUAAAAGUUCUCUACAAAUA